UCUUUCCCUUUUUCCCCUCCUUCAAGAUGCACUCCUGCUCCUGGCUGAGAGACUCCAGGGUCCGUUUUCCUUUGAGCUGGCAGCUGAGUCCAUUGGGGUGAAGAUCUCUGAGGGUUUGAUGUUUCUGCAGGAAAACAGCGUGGGGGUGUCAGCACAGGUGUUUCAGGGGUGCGGGGGCCCCUACCCGGCGCCGGCCCGCACCCGCCGAGCCCCGGCUCCCCGGGAAGAGGCGGGCCGGCUCUGGACAUCGGCGGCCGAGGAGGAGCGACCCACCACGGCAGCGGGCACUAACCUGCCCCGGCUGGUGUGGGAGCUCCGCGACCGGCUGGGCCGGGUGAGGGGCUUCUGGGCCGGGCUGCCCCUGACGGUGUGCGGGGACCGCCGCAUGGCAGCGGACAUCUCGCAGGAGGCGGCGCCCUGCUGGACCGGAGCGGGGCGAGGCCGGUACCUGCCGCCCAUCGUCGGGGGCUCCCUGGCCGAGCAGCUCAACAACCCAGAGCUGGAGGUGGAUGUCUCGGGCCCCGACCUCCCGACACGCAGACGGCGGCUGCAGCUCCGGGCAGCCACAGCCAGGAUGAGGGCAGCCGCCCUCGGGCACGACCUGGACCUGCAAGACGCGGAUGAGGACGGCAGUGGCUCUGGAGCUGGGCAGCACUACGCCGAUGACUGGAUGGCUGGGACAGCAGCUGUGGCCCCCCCAGCUCGGCCUCCUCGCCCUCCUCGAAGGGACAGCCCUGGGGGCAAAGGAGGAGGUGGUGGUUCUCGCCACAACCAGGGCAGGAGCAGGAGUGGGGGGACGCCUGUUGGUUUUCACACCCACCCCAUCCUCAUCCUCUUCCUCUCAGCCCUGGCCGUGCUUGGACCUCGAUAACAGGGGAGGGGUGCCCUAGCAUCAGAAGGGUUCAUGGCCCUUUCCCCUCCUCCCCUUUCAUCUGUGUCUGGGGAGGAGUCGAAGGGGGCUGCAGAGAGGGUGGAGACUGCUGGUGAAUGGCUGGGGCCCCAAAUCCAGGAAAUUCCCAUUGGUGGAUAGGGAAGUGGUGUUCACAAUAUUUAUUUCUUUUUUUUCGAUUGGUAACAGGUAACGGGGUAUUUAUUUAGGAGAGGAGGUGUGGUCUCCAUGCCCCUCAGCCUGGGGAUGGUAGUCAGCCCCAACAAGGGAGAAAGGGAGGAUUUUUAGAGUUGCGGUUGGGGGUGGGGUUUGAAGGACUGAAGUGGAAGUGGGGAGGGGUGGAACUCAAAUGGGAUGGGGUAGCUGGUCUCAAAUGGAUAAGAGCUGGGUGCUGAUGGGGUCCAGGGAAGGAGACUGGGGGUGUGUGAGUAAGAUGUCACGAUCUAUAGAUGUGGCUUCUGUUGACUUUUCCAGUAUCAAUUUCUUAAACUAAAAUACAAAAAAAAAAAAAAAAAAAGGCUCAUUCCAUGACCUCUGCCAUCUACCUCCUUUCCAAGAGUCCCCAUCUCACGUCUCAGUGUUUAUUCUGCAAAUAAAUAGUUAAUUUAUUGGA